ACCACACCUUACAUCACAUCCUACAUCACACUCUACAUCACAUCCUACAUCAUAACCUACACUGCACCUUACAUCACAUCCUACAUCACACUCUACAUCACAUCCUACAUCAUAACCUACACUGCACCUUACAUCACAUCCUACAUCAUAACCUACACCACACCUUACAUCACAUCCUACAUCAUAACCUACACCACACCCUACAUCACAUCCUACAUCAUAACCUACACCACACCCUACAUCAUAACCUACACCACGCCUUACAUCACAUCCUACAUCAUAACCUACACCACACCUUACAUCACAUCCUACAUCAUAACCUACACCACACCUUACAUCACACCCUACAUCACAUCCUACCUCAUAACCUACACCACACCUUACAUCACAUACUACAUGACAACCUACACCACAUCCUACAUCACACCCUACAUCAUAACCUACACCACACCUUACAUCAUAACCUACACCACACCUUACAUCACACUCUACAUCACACUCUACAUCAUAACCUACACCACACCUUACAUCACAUCCUACAUCAUAACCUACAUCACACCUUACGUCACACCCUACAUCAUAACGUACACCACAUCUUACAUCAUAACCUACACCACACCUUACAUCAUAACCUACACCACACCUUACAUCACACCUUACAUCACACUCUACAUCAUAACCUACACCACAUCUUACAUCACAUCCUACAUCAUAACAUACACCACACCUUACAUCACACCCUACAUCAUAACCUACAUCACACCUUACGUCACACCCUACAUCAUAACCUACACCACACCUUACAUCACAUCCUACAUCAUAACAUACACCACACCUUACAUCACACCCUACGUCACACCCUACAUCAUAACCUACACCACACCUUACAUCACAUCCUACAUCAUAACCUACGUCACACCUUACAUCACAUCCUACAUCAUAACCUACAUCACACCCUACAUCACACCCUACAUCAUAACCUACACCACACCUUACAUCACAUCCUACAUCAUAACAUACACCACACCUUACAUCACACCCUACAUCAUAACCUAUACCACACCUUACAUCACACCCUACAUCACAUCCUACACCACAUCCUACAUCACACCCUACAUCAUAACCUACACCACACCUUACAUCAUAACCUACACCACACCUUACAUCACAUCCUACAUCAUAACCUACGCAUGCCUUACAUCACAUCCUACAUCAUAACCUACACCACACCCUACAU